CCAGUCGCAAAAUUUGUUUUCAAACAGCACGUGUAGUUACCCAGUCCGGCUUCUAAGUUAAAUAAAAGGAUAAAAGCAUUUUUUAAGGGUAUAAACAACUGUAAUUUAUUAAAUUUCUUCCUUAAUUAGCACAAUGAAGAAAAAGCAAGAAACCAAAGAACACUCCCAUAAGAGGAAAAAGCAAAAGGUAGCAAAGGAAACAGAGAAUUCUGACUUUAUAAAAGCUGAAGUUUUAGAUUUGAAGACUCUGAGGGAAGGUAUGCUUCUUCUUGGUUGUGUGAUUGAAAUUCGAGCACAUUGUUUUCUCAUGUCUUUGCCUGGAUGUCUUGUUGGAAGAGUUCCUUUAGCACAUAUCUCAAAUAAAUUCACAGAAAUUAUCAGAAGUUCUCAAGAAGAAGAGGACCAAGAGGAAGAAAUCGAAGCAGAUUUGCAUUCAGUUAUUGAAUUAGGUGCUGUAUACCCUUGUAAAAUCCUUAAUAUAUCUCAGGAAGAAAGAAGGAAGCCAUCUAUUAUAUUAUCUAUCAAUCCACAAGAUGUAAAUGCUGAACUGCGAUUAUCUUCUCUGUUUUUGAAAAUGGUUCUACAUGCUGCUGUACAAAGUAUUGAAGAUCAUGGUUAUGUUAUGGAUAUUGGUGUGAAAGGUUCCCAAGGAUUUCUUCCUUUUAGUGCUUCUAGUGGUCAAAGGAAUUUAGUUCCUGGUCAAAUAAUUCCUACUUCUGUUAGGAAACUACCAUCCCAAAAGGGUGGAAAUGUGGUGUGGCUGUCUGAACUUAGCUUUAAUGACCAAUUUCCAGAAGUUGAAGAUGAGAGCUUAAAACUGACAUCUCUCUUACCAGGGACUAAUGUGACAACUUACAUUACUGAAAUAAAAAGCUCAUUUCUUUAUGGCAAGUGUAUGGAUUUUAAUGCAUGCACUAAUGCAAUGUCACUUGGAAAUCUAAGUAUAACUGAAGCCUGUAAGGUCUCUGGAACAAUUUUGUAUAUUCAUCCAGUCACCCAUAUGAUUUAUUUAUUAUUAGGGCCAAAACCUACACCAAAGUCAUUUAAGAAUUUUUUCAAAGUAAAGAAGUUUGAUAUUUUGAAAAAUGUAAAAUAUCAACAUACUUGGCAUCACAGAUUAUUUUUUAAAGCCCAUCAUGGCACCACAGGCUUUGUUAAACAAAAUGAAAUUGAGAAAACUGACAUAUCUGCAGAUUCUUUGUUGAAAAAUCCAGUUGUUUCAAUGGCUCGAGUGAUGUUUCUUCAUUACAUGGAUAAACUUGUUCAUUUGUCUGUCAACAAAAAAAUGCUUGAAUUGGAAAUUGUAAGACCAGAAGAUGUCCAAAUUGGUGAUAUAUACAAGGCAGUUGUAAAAAACCAUACUGCAAGUGGGAUGUUUGUAACAAUAUGCAUUGGUCUUGGUGGAUUUGUGCGACAAAUUCAUAUUUCGGAUGCUUUAGUAACAAUGCCUGAAAAGUUGCACCCAGUUGGAUCUGAAGUCAAUUGCAGAGUCUUAUCAAUGCAUCCAAUAUCUGGUUUGAAUCUGACUUGUAAGGCGAGUCUCCUGAAUCUUCCAAAAGAGGGUGUUCUAAAAUCAUAUGAACAGGCUCACCCAGGACAAAUGUAUAAAGGUGUUAUAGUCCAAAAAACAGAUGCAUUUAUUCUUGUCUUAUUUUUCAAUGAUGUGAAGGGAGUGGUACCAUCUGAUCAUAUACCUGAAUCCUCUGUUUUCUUUGUGGGACAAACAGUGCCUUGUCGCAUCAUUCAGUGUAACUCUGUGAAACGAAGACUAAAGCUGUCUCUUCUGGCAGAUAAACACUUCACUCAGAGCUCUUCAAACACUGCACAAAGCCAAAUAUCUAAUAAAACAAAAACUAAGAAAAUGUCAGAUUUGGAUAAAGAUCCCAAGAAGAAAUUGAAAGCUGUGAUAAAAUCUAUUACUGGUCACCAACUCAAUAUUGUGUUAAAUGGAGGACUGAUUGGUCGAGUUCACAUCACUGAGUUGGGUUGUUCUGAAGAAGAUUUCAUGCCCCUGAAGCAAUUUAAAGCUGGAAAGGAUUUAAAAGUUCAUAUUAUUGGUACAAAUACCAGAAAAAGUGUCAACUAUCUAGCAAUUACUCAUCAGAAUAUGAAACAUUUUUGUGAGUGUUCUUUUGAGUAUCCACCACCAGUGCCUCUUCAGAAGGAAUUCUUUCCUGGGAUGUCUCUCAUCGGAUUUGUAAAAGAGGUUGGUGAUACAUCAGCAACAAUAUGGCUUUCUCCAACUCAGAUUGGCACAUUGGAUUAUUUAAAUUUUUCUGAUAAUCCAAAGGUUUUGCGAAAGUUAAAAAAGAAACUGAAAGUUGGGCUAUCAUUAUCCGUUUGUAUCUUAGAUGUAGAAAAGAAAUCUAAAGAGAAAAGUGGCAUGAGCAAAAUAUCACUAUCAAAAAUAGAAAAGAAACAAAUGAAGGUUGGCCAAAACACUGUUGGUUUAGUUCAAGUUGCUAGUCCUGAAAAAGGUCUGAUCUUAAAACUGUCUUAUGGUUAUCAUGGUGUGGUAUGUCUGACAGACCUGCAAGAUGUAUUUACUCCAGCAAAAGCAGAGCUUGAAAAGUGUCGCAAGUUGAGUUUUAUCUUGUGUCAUAUCUUGGAAGUGAACCAUAACACCAAAUUCUGCUAUUUGUCUUUAAGGAAAUCAAGACUAUACAACAUGAAAGAAAGUAGUUUGAAAGGCAUUCAGCCAGAAUUAACUGUAGCUGAUUUGGAACAAGGCAAGAAAGUGAAAGGCUUCAUCAAAUCAAUACAGGACAAUAGCAUCAUUUUAAACAUUGGUCGCACACUUGACGGCAAAGUGCCUUUGCAUAAAUGUACAACUUAUGGUUGCUCUCUAUGUAAACACACCCAAAAUAUUCUACAGAAAUACACCAUUGGUGAUGUUUUGGACAUUGUAAUAGAAAGUACUACUGCUACGAAGGGUUUGUAUACCCUAUCCUUGCCUGAGUUAGCUGGUUUGGGAAUAAACCCACAGAGUAGACUUAAUAUCACAAAAGACAUAGAUUGGAAUGAAUUGUAGUAUAUCAGCUGAUGAGUUUCAAAGUGGAGCAAUUUUAGAUUCCAGUGAAAACUGUUCGACAUUCACAGCAUGUACAUAUGAAUUACUUUACUACACUCGUCUUUUAAAAAGACACCUGUAUUAUGUGUUUAAUAAUAAAAUAUACUUUUGUAA